UUUGGUUGCUACCUCCACCGCAGCUGCAGCUGCGCUCAGAACCUCUGCCGCUCUCUGUCACGCCUCACGCGCCUGCUGUUGUUUCUCACUCAGGGAAGGCUGGCGUAUUCACGUGGAAAACACCAAUCACAGGGUCAAUGGGCUCGGACUUCCUCUUCUCGAUCCGGAACUCUGUAGCAAGAUGGUAAAAAAUAUGCGGAAAUCAGCCCCUGAAUGUAUCUGCAGGCAGCAAAGCUAAAGUGCAUUUUAUGUGUGCGUCGGGGCCGGGAGACUGGCGGCGAGUGCAAGCGGCCGCGAAAGAGCCACGCUGGGCAUCCGUCUGUGGAGGCAGUAGGGGCUUCUUGGACGGCUCCUCUGAAGAACGGCGGUGUGCGCCCUUUGGAAGGCGUGGAUAGCAUGUUCUUUUCACAUUGAAGAAAAAAAAUGUGGUUAAAACCCGAAGAGGUUUUAUUGAAAAAUGCUUUGAAGCUAUGGGUGACGGAGAAAUCCAACUCUUAUUUUGUCUUGCAACGUAGACGAGGGCAUGGGGACGCUGGAGGCAAAAUAUCAGGUCUUUUGGUUGGUGCUUUGGAUGCAGUUUUGGACUCCAAUGCUCGUGUUACCCCAUUCCGAAUUCUACUUCAGGUUCCGGGAUCACAGGUCUACUGGUCCAUUGCCAGCGGUGCUACACUGGAAGAAAUUAACCAUCACUGGGAGUGGCUUGCUCAAAAUCUCCUUCAUACUUUGUCAGUAUUUGACAACAAGGAGGACAUUGCCAGCUUUGUUAAUGGCAAAGUGAAGGGUCUGAUAGCAGAGGAGACACGAAGCAAGCAAGCUGAGCAGGAGGAAGACCCUGAAAAGUUCAGAGAAGCAUUGGUCAAAUUUGAAACACGAUUUAGCCUCCCAAGUGCUGAAAAGCUUGUGACGCAUUACUCCUGCUGCUGCUGGAAGGGUCGAGUCCCUCGACAAGGCUGGCUUUAUCUUAGUAUUAAUCAUUUGUGCUUCUAUUCCUUCCUUUUAGGAAAGGAAGUGAAACUUGUUGUUCCUUGGGCUGAUGUAACAAAAUUGGAAAGAACGUCCACUAGUUUUAUUACAGACAACAUCAGAGUUACAACUAGAAGCAAAGAGCGAGAUUUUUCCAUGUUCCUAAACAUUGAAGAGGCUUUUCGGAUUAUGGAGCAACUUGCUGAUAUAACCAUUCGGAGGCUGCUAGACAAUGAAGUGUUUGAGUUGGAUCAGUCUCUACAAGAACCGGCAUAUAUCACAAAGAGAGUUCUUGAAGAGAGAGCACAGAAAGAGUAUUUUCGUGCCAUGUUCCGCUUACCCCACCAAGAGAGGUUGCAAGAAGUGAUAGACUGCUCUCUCUGGACACCCUUUAGCCGUAGCCAUACAGCAGGAACAAUGUAUAUGUCUGACAGUUUUGUGUGCUUUACCAGCAGAGAGGACGGGGCCUGCAUUCUGAUAAUCCCUUUCCGAGAGGUGAUCUCAGUAGAGAAGAUGGAGAACACCAGUCAUUUGCCUAAUCCUAUCAUCAUCAGCAUAAGAAGCAAAAAAGCAUUCCAGUUUAUUGAAAUUAAGAGGAGAGACAGCCUGGUGGAAGCCAUAUUAAAACAACUGGAGAGUGUGCGCAGUAAAGACAGAGUGUGCCACAAGUCCCCAAGCAAAGCACUGAUUUCCCCACUACCAUAUUACUCUAUAUACUAUGAUAGCAUUUCUACAGAUGAUGAAACCAUUGAACCUGCUGGAAAUAAAAACAGACAUUCACUGAAUGAAGAGGCCUUAAUGUCUGUCUUCCAUCAUGCAGAACCUCAAACAACAGACUCCAAAUUUACAAUGGAGCAAGUGAAGGAACGUCUGUGGCAGGACCACUUUUCUGAGUAUGGCAAAGGUAUCUGCAUGUUCCGAACAGAGAAGAUUCAGAAGUUGGUUACCAUGGGGAUCCCAGAGUCACUCCGAGGGGAGCUGUGGCAGACUUUUUCCAAUUCCUUAAGUGAUUUAUCUUCUCACCCUGAAUACUAUGCAAACCUCGUAGAGGAGUCAAUGGGCAAGUGCUGCUUAGCAACUGAGGAGAUUGAGCGUGAUCUACACCGUUCACUGCCAGAUCAUCCGGCCUUCCAAAAUGAGACUGGCAUAGCUGCUUUGAGAAGAGUCCUGACUGCAUAUGCCUAUAGGAAUCCAAAAAUUGGAUAUUGUCAGUCCAUGAACAUUUUAACAUCUGUACUUCUACUGUACUCAAAAGAAGAAGAAGCUUUUUGGCUGCUGGUGGCAGUAUGUGAGAAGAUGCUCCCUGACUAUUUUAACCAGCGGGUCAUUGGAGCUCAAGUAGACCAGUCGGUAUUUGAAGAACUGAUAAAGGACCGUCUUCCUGAGCUUUCUGAACAUAUCACAGAUCUGUCCUCCUUGUCCUCCAUCACAUUGUCCUGGUUCCUCACCCUGUUCCUCAGCAUCAUGCCCUUUGAAAGUGCAGUCAAUGUGGUAGACUGCUUCUUCUUUGAUGGUAUUAAGGCAAUUUUUCAACUAAGUUUGGCUGUGCUUGAUGCAAACGUUCAGGAAUUGUGCGAAAGCAAGGAUGAUGGUCAGGCCCUAAUGAUACUGACAAGAUUUCUGGAUCAAGUCAAGAAUCGAGAGAAUCCUAUUCCUCCUGUUUCCAGUCAGCAGGUCUGUAGUGAAGAAAAGGAAACAGUGCAGCAAGAAACGGAAAUAACUGACUUGAUUAGAGAUUCUUAUGAGAAAUUUGGUGACAUUACAGUAGAACAAAUUGAGUGUUUUCGCCGGAGACACAGAAUAAGGGUGCUGCAGGCCCAUGAAGAUACAACCAAAGAAAAUACGUUGAGACUUGUGGCUCCAGACAUCUCACUGACACCAGAAGAAAUGAGUGAUGUGUAUGACCUGUUUAAGAGAGAACAUUUUAUAAACUGCUACUGGGGUGAGCAUUUAUCAGCUGUGCAGCACCACGACCCAAGUCUCCAAUACGUGGAUCAAUACAGGAUUGACAGGCCGCAGUUCACAAGCUUGUAUCACCUGCUGUCCCCGUGGGUGUGCGGACUGCACACGGACACUGUGGCCCACAGAGCCUUCCGCCUCCUGGACAAGAAUGAAGACUCUCUUAUUAACUUCAGAGAGUUUGCAGUUUUUCUGGAUACGAUGUACUGUGGCGAGAUGAGUGACAAAAUUCGUUUAUUGUACAAACUGCACAUCCCACCUGCUCUCACUGAAAAUGACAGCGACAGCCUUUCUCCAUUGAAGACUCCCCUACUAUCUACCAGCAGACCCUUGUAUGUAGGACGGCCGAAUGGUGAGACUAAGAGCUAUCAGGAGCAACUGAAACAAAUGCUGAAAGACUUAGCCAAAGACCAGGAGAAGAGCGAGGAAGGACUACCUAUGAUGACGCAGAGAGAAUUUAUUCAGUUUUGUAAAACGCUAUACAGCAUGUUUCAUGAAGAUCCCAAUGAAAAUGACCUGUGCCAAGCUAUCGCUACUGUGACCACCCUGCUGCUUCAAAUAGGAGAGGUGGGCCAACGAGUUCGCAGCCUGGGCAGCUACUCAGAGGUGUCCGCAGGUACCAGCGAGUCCGGAGACAUGGCAGUAGGCCCCAGCCUCUUAGAGGAUGACUCUUUAUUUGUUGACAGGAAAAACUCCCAGUCUCUCUCACUUUCUGACGCAGAAUGGACGGUGACCUUUGAGCAGAUCUUGGCUUCUCUUCUCACAGAACAGUCACUUGUCAAUUUCUUUGAAAAACCACUGGACUUGAAAAACAAAAUUGAAAAUGCAAAACUAAACCAGUAUAAUGAGAGAAUUAAUAUACUGCUGAUAAAGUAGAAUGACAGUCUUCAGGCAGCUAAUUAAACAUGAAUUGCAUUUCUGAUGACCUACUUAAAAUGUGUACAAUGAAGGUUACUGUUUAUUUAAAAUUUGCAGAAAAUAUCUGUGCUUGUUCCACUGUAUUGUGAAAAAUUUCAACAUUGUUUUAAUGGUCAUCUUUUGUCCAUCAUGUCUUGCCAAUGACCACUAUUGUUUCAAUGCUGGAAAUUGAAACUUAACCAGAUCUUGUAAAUAUCCGAUUGUAGCCUUAUCAUCCACUGUCGUGAAAUGUCAGGUGUGCAUUGAUUGUGCUUUUGACAUUGUUUUGUGAAAUUUGUGUAUUUUGAUUAAAUUUUUUUUUUUUUACACAA